AUGGUGUUUGGGCGGUCCCUAACAGAGUCCCGGCUCAUCAGUUCGGCCAACUACGUCCGGACUGAGCUUCCCGCGAGAUUAGCACAUCGCAUCCGCGACAUGCAACAGUUGCCAUACGUCGUUGUCACAAAUCCCCAUUUCAGCGAAGUCUACGACUUAUACUAUCAUGCCUUCGAUACCUUCCGCAAAGUGCCCGAGGUCAAGACUCUGGAGGACAAUGACCGGUUUUGCAAGACGAUCAGCUCCAUGCUGCGAGCGCAUCUGACCGUCAUUCCGAAACUCGCUAUGGGCGUCUUAGAAUGCAGUGGGCUGAUGGACCCCAAAGAGCUGGACAAGUUCAUGAAUACCAUCCUACGUUCUCGUAUAUCCCGCCGUGUCAUCGCCGAACAACACCUCGCCCUGACCGAGACCUUCCAGGCGCCCUGGUUCUCCCCCGGCGCGAAACUCUCCGAGACCGAGUUCAUCGGCGAGGUUUUCCUCAAAUGCGUCGCUAAGGACGCCAUCGAGCGCUGCGGCAAAGCCAUCCGCAGCAUAUCGCAAAGCGUCUACGGCCCAGACGUGCCCAUCCCCAAUAUCAAGAUCGAGGGCCACCUCGAGGCGAGCUUCCCCUACAUCCUCAGCCAUCUCGAGUACAUCAUAGGCGAGCUCCUCCGCAACUCCGUCCAGGGUGUUGUGGAGACACACCAGCGCCAGCAAGGCAAGAACAAGGACGGGAAACCCCCUCCGGACAUCGAAGUCACAAUCUGCGAGAGCCCGCAGCACGUCAUAAUCCGCGUCUCAGACCAGGGCGGCGGCAUCCCCCGCGAGGUCAUGCCAUACCUGUGGUCAUUCAGCAAAGGGCCCGCCAGCGCCCGCCUCCUGGAGAACCUAGGGAAGGUGCCCAAGAUGGCCGCCACGAUGCAGGAGUUGCUAGUCGAGCACCAGGCCCAGGAGGAUGCGGCCCCCGAGACGGGGGCCUCGAGGCACGGUAGCUCGCUGGCGUCGCUCUCGAGCCGGCUACCGAACCUGAGACUGGGCAUGGGAUUGCCCCUGAGCAGGGUGUACGCGGAGUAUUGGGCCGGAAGCUUGGCGUUGCACAGCCUCGAGGGCUACGGCGUGGACGUGUUCCUGCAGAUAUCGAAGCUGGGGAACAAGAAUGAGCAGUUGACGACACGGGCAAGCAUGGACGCGGUCUAG